AUGAAUACUGCUGGCGAGUUCUGUGUGACCAUUACACAGCCUAUGGUAGCCAGCAGAGAAGCAGAGCGCUGGGAUAGCAAGGGCUGGUGUCAUGGAGCGGGCAGAACAAGGGCUGCUUUCUCUUCCAGCUCAGAAGAUAGAGUAACGAUCCACUUUGUAAACCGUGAUGGUGAAAUUUUAACGACCAGAGGGAAAGUUGGUGACUCGCUGCUGGAUGUUGUGGUUGAAAACAAUCUAGAUAUUGAUGGUUUUGGUGCUUGUGAGGGAACUCUGGCUUGCUCUACCUGUCACCUCAUCUUUGAAGAUCACAUAUAUGAGAAGUUAGACACCGUCACUGAUGAAGAGAACGACAUGCUUGAUCUGGCCUAUGGACUGACAGACCGGUCACGCUUGGGCUGCCAGAUCUGCUUGACCAAGUCCAUGGACAACAUGACUGUGCGAGUCCCCGAAUCUGUGGCCGAUGCCAGACAGUCCAUUGACAUGAGCAAGAAGAACUCCUAAGAUACAAUAAAUAGGAAUAUUUUCAUGAAACCUGGCCUAUUUUUAUAAUUAUCGUUUCUUCGUGUAAUAAAAUGAGACCAUGCAUAAGUGGAUUUCUUACUGUAACCAGCUUUUCUAUUUUAAUUUAGCUUAUAUAACUAGAUUUUUGUAAUUCUGAAAGUAUAUAAUCUUUAUUUUGGUCAAAUUAUAAAAUGUCAGCCAAAUAUUACAGAAUCAUUUGUGACUGUUUAGCAACUCUAGCAAAAUAUUUUCAUAUAAAUCUAUAUGCUUACUAUGAAAGGCAAUUUUUUUUUUAAAGCGGUAUUACUGAUCCUCUUUGAUUUUGGUGAAGGCAGAGAUUUAAAAUGGUUUCUCUCAGGCCUUACAACUAAUUAGAAAAUCUGGAACCAUAACUCUGGUCUUGUUAUUCUGACAAACUAGAGAAAGUAUGACUAUCGUAUUUAUAAAAAGCAUUGGAAUAUGAAUGUGGAUCACAGAAACAUUUAAUUGCUUACUCUUACAGGCAGUUAAUAUCUUUAUAAAGAAAUGCUUUGAAUUUUGAUUUACUAAAGAGUACAGAGAUUGUAUACUAUAAAUAAAAUGUGGACUCUGUUCUAACCAGCGGUAGGAAUGAACUAAAACUCUGAUAUCUACUCUUUUCUGUUCUAAGUAGAAUGGUCUUUACAAUCUUUCAGAAAUAAUGCUGGCUUAUAUAUCCGUGCCUGCAGCAGAUUGGAAAGGGCCUUCUAAAUUAGACUCUCUCAGUCCUGAGCCAGAGGGUGUGAGCCGGCUACCUCACUCUUAAACAAGCUGCCCUGGUUACAGCGGCUUUGCUUCCAGCUCAGAGAUUCAGGUGCAGUUUUGAGUGGCACAGGUUACCACUUACUGUAGAGCAAACAUUUGUGUUCUUAUCUUUACUAUAACCGCUUAUUCAAAGAUAGGAAUGUGAACUUGGACUAACUGUGAAGAACAUCAGAAUUAGGUAACACAUUUAAAGACAUUUCUUUUUAAAUAUUUAUAAAUACUUGUCAAGUCAUGUCUCAUGUAAGACAUUACACCAGGGAAUACAGAAAUGGGCAUGCGAGGGAUGCCUUCAGAGAAAAGAUAUCCGGAAACUUCCCUUUUUCUUAGGUAAACCUCUGUACAAAUAACUUGUGUGACAUCAACUGACCAAUUUGCCAAAUAAAGAUACUUAUUUUCUAA